GGGCAAAGGAGAAGAAGACGAAAGCGGUUUAGAGUCCUACUAUUAAGGUAGGGUUGUUUUUCCGUUGGGCUUCACAAGGAACGUGGUGGUCCUUUUCUCUAUCUCUCUCUCUAUCUCCUUUAUCUUUCUCUCUCUAUCGCCAUGCUUGACUCGAAGCUAUUACUGAUUGCAUCCAUGGUUGUUCUGCUCGUAUCUGCGGUGUUGCUAUCCGUCAGAUUUCCUUUUUAUAGUCGCUCAACUGACGAUUUGUAUGACGGCGAUGUUGAAGUUAUCCCGAUAGGAGGUGGUGCAAUUGGACCAGAGAGCUUCGAUUUCAAUCCUGUUGAUGGAACAGGUCCAUACACCGGCGUUUCCGAUGGUCGGAUUAUUAAAUUGGAAGCGAGUGAACGGCGGUGGACUGAUUUUGCAGUUACUUCGCCGGAAAGGAAAUCGUGUGGUGGGCCAGAGAUGGAGCAGAUAUGUGGACGGCCAUUGGGCUUAAAAUUUGACAAAGAAACGGAUAAUUUGUAUAUUGCUGAUGCAUAUUUUGGGCUUCUUGUAGUGGGCUCAAAUGGUGGGCUUGCAACUUCCAUGGUAUCAAAAGCCCAAGGCCUUCCUUUACUAUUCACCAACUCUCUAGACCUUGACCCGAUUGAUCGACUCAUCUACUUCACCGAUAGCAGUCAACGCUACACCCGUAGGGAUCACAUGCUUGUCGUACUGACUAAUGACAAAACUGGAAGCUUAAUGAAAUACGAUCUUGAAAGCAAAGAGGUUGUCGUUUUACUUCACAACCUCACCUUCCCAAAUGGAGUAGCAUUAAGUCAAGAUGGUAAUUUUCUUCUUGUGGCCGAGACAACCAAUUGUAGAAUCUUGAGGUAUUGGCUUAAAACAGCAAAAGCCGGAACUCUUGAAGUGUUUGCUGAUCUUCCUGGAUUUCCGGACAACAUCAAGAGGAACCAGAAUGGAGAAUUUUGGGUGGCAAUGUAUUCAAGAAGACUCAAGAUUUUGAGAUGGAUUCACUCACUUCCUUGGAUUGUAAAUGCUUUGAUGAAACUUCCCAUUGACCCUGUUAAAUUGAGCUCAUAUAUUGCUAAAGCAGGAGGUGAAGGUUUGGCAGCAAAGUUAGGGGUAGAUGGUGAAAUAUUGGAAAUCUUAGAGGAUGUAAAUGGUAAAAUUUGGAAGUAUGCUAGUGAAGUGAUGGAGAGAGAUGGGUCUUUGUGGAUAGGAUCAGUUGAAAACCCUUUUGCAGUCAAACUAAAAGUACAAGAUUAAAGGGGUAAAAAGAGAAAUUUGCAUACAAGAAAUAGAAUAAAGUGGAUGUUUGAAUUACAUAACACUUCAAAUCAUAGUUUUUAUAGUUAUUAUAGUUGUAGUUUUGUUGUAAAUCAUUAUUUCACUUGUUAAAUGCAAAAGGAUAUUGAAUUAUAUC